ACGCGCCUAAUUGUUUCUGUGUCACCUUCUCAAUUCUACUUCCUCAUUUCCCAAUUCGGAGUUCAUUGAUCUAUCUAGGGCUUCUGAUAAACUUCGAAAAACCCUAUUUUUGAUUUCUUCGUGAAUUACUGAAAUCAGUCUGGUGAAAAGGGUCUAAUUCGAUUGUGGAUUAGGGUUUUUUUUUAUUGCUUCUUUCAAUGGCGAUCAUCGGAGACGCGUUGCGUCAAGCGUUUAUGCCAAAGCAAGAGUACGAGAGCCUUAGGGAAGAAGAUAGAGCCUGGAUUAAGCUUCAGAGGCCGACAUUAAUGUCGAUCGUGGCCUUACUUAGCUUUGUCAUCUUCACUUGCACGAUCGUCAGCUUGAAAAUUGUAUUUCCUUCGAAUGUUCUAAAGAGACCAUUUUGCAGCGACGUGAAGCUACAACCUUUGCCUAUCUAUGGCAAAGCUCGUGACUCCGAUCUGUUUCCUGGUGCUUUUUACUUGACGGAUCAAGAAACUGUUGAUUAUUACUGGAUGGUCGUUUUCGUUCCCUCGACCAUAAUCUUCCUUGUAUCAUCUGUUUAUCUUGUAGCAGGAAUUUUUGUGGCUUAUUCUGCUCCUCACCGUCAUGGGUUUUUAAAAGUAGUUGAAAAUAACUACUGUGCUUCAAGAAGAGGUGGGGUCCGUUGUCUGUCAAUUCUGAAUGUUGUCUUUGCUAUCAUCUAUGGUCUACUUGCUAUAUUUCUCGGCUCAAGCCUCCUGACACUAGGAAGCAGCUGUUCUGUGCCUUUGUUUUGGUGCUACGAGAUUUCUUCAUGGGGUUUGGUAAUCUUGUAUGCUGGAACUGCUUUCUCCCUAAGAAGAAGAGCUGCUUUAACUAUUGACGAAGGAGAGUUUGGGAACAGAAAUGAUCAGGGCUUGGAGAUGCUUGAAGCUAAUCCUUUGGAAUUCACACCAGACGUUGAAAGACGAGUGAACGAGGGGUUUAAAGCAUGGAUGGGACCAUCUUUGUUAUCAUCUGAUGAAGAAGACGAACCCGAUUUUUACAAUGAAGUGCCGAAUGUAACUCAUACUCUUUCAAGCCGGCAAAGAUCUUGAUUCUUGAGAAAAAGAAUUUGGUAUGACACUUAUGCAAACCUCCAAAGAUGAUUGCUUCAGAGAUUGGGCUCACCAAAUUGUGCUCUCGGUCAUUCUCGGGUUCAUUUCAUGUCUCUGCUUUCUGCUGAUGUUGUUUAUGGACAGAUCAUGAGAAGAUUUGGAUCCGGAAGAUAAAUCAGAGCGGUUAGGAGUGUUGCGGUUGUAGAUACACAUACAGUGGAUCAUCAAGAUUGGGUUUGGUUCUGUCUUUUGAGCAGUCCAUGGUCGGUUUUGAUCGUUUACAUUGGUUAUUGUCGGAAUCUUGGGUUUCUAACAAUACAUUUUGAUGGUACAA